AUGGAGUGCCACCUGGGGAAAGAAGAAGAGGUGACAGAGCUAUGGCUGAGUAUUAAAGGGAAGGCAAGGGAAAGGGACAUCAUAGUGGGGGUCUGCUACAAGCUGCCUGACCAAGAAGACUGUGUGGAUGACGCCCUCUAUAAACAGAUAAGAACAGCUUUGCCUUCACAAGCCCUGGUCCUCAUGGGUGAUUUCUGUUUGAAGGACAAGACACUGGGGCACCAGCAAUCUAAGAGGUUCCUGGAAUGCAAUGAUCGAAAUUUCCUCCUCCACAAGGAGGAGGUAAAGGAACCCACAAGAAAGGGUCCUAUGCUGGAUCUUGUCCUCACCAACAAGGAGGGACUGGUGAGCCGUGUGAAACUUAAGCAUUUAGGUCCCCGUGGCCUUAAUAUGCCACAAAAAGGUGCCCGAACUGGGACUGAAAGACUAGCUGUCUCCGGCGGCAUAACUCAGCCGAACUUCAGGGUAAGGGCUGAAAGCAAGCACAUAGUGUGUGCACAAUUACCUCUCACUGAUGAAGGUGAAAUGGAAAUUCCAGAUUCAAAUGACCCCUUAGGUCAUGUGGAUGGACUUCAGAAGCCAAUUCCAACACCAAAAGGUUACUUCCUGACUUUUUUGGAACCAGUAAACAAUAUCACUGUAGUCCAGGGGCAAACAGCAAUCCUCCACUGCAAGGUAGCAGGAAACCCAUCUCCAAAUGUCAGAUGGCUAAAAAAUGAUGCUCCAGUGGUUCAGGAGCCAAGACGAAUAAUCAUCAGAAAAACAGAUUAUGGUUCACGUCUGAGAAUCCAGGAUCUGGAUACCACCGAUACAGGAUACUACCAGUGUGUGGCUUCAAAUGGGAUGAAGACGAUAACUGCAACAGGAGUGUUGUUUGUAAGGCUCGGUCCAACAAAUAGCCCAAAUCACAAUCUUCAAGAAGAUUACCACGAGGAUGGGUUCUGUCAGCCCUACAGGGGAAUUGCAUGUGCACGAAUCAUUGGAAACAGGACCAUUUAUGUGGACUCCCUCCAGAUGCAAGGGGAAAUUGAAAACCGAAUAACUGCCGCGUUCACCAUGAUUGGCACUUCCACACACCUGUCUGAUCAGUGCUCGCAGUUUGCUAUACCCUCAUUCUGCCACUUCGUGUUUCCCCUGUGUGAUGAGCGCUCUCGGACCCCUAAGCCACGGGAGCUGUGCCGGGAUGAAUGUGAAGUUCUGGAGAAUGAUCUCUGUAGGCAGGAGUACAACAUCGCUCGGUCAAAUCCCCUCAUCUUGAUGCAGCUGCAGUUGCCUAAGUGUGAGGAUCUCCCACGACCUGACACCUUGGAAGCUGCCAACUGCAUAAGGAUUGGGAUCCCUGUGGAGAGGCUCAGCCGAUAUCACCAGUGCUACAAUGGUUCUGGAGCAGACUACAGAGGGACAGUCAGUGUCACCAAGUCUGGCCACACUUGCCAACUCUGGGACUCCCAGAGUCCCCACAAUCAUGAUCUGACCAGCAUACAAUUUCCAGAGCUAGGUGGAGGACAUGCGUAUUGUCGCAAUCCCGGAGGUCAGAUGGAUGGGCCCUGGUGUUUUACAAAGAAUAAAAACGUACGCAUGGAACUGUGUGACAUACCUUCUUGUAGUCCACGUGACAACAGUAAAAUGGGAAUCCUCUACAUCUUGGUUCCCAGCAUAGCCAUUCCUCUGGUUAUUGCCUGCCUUUUCUUCCUGGUCUGUAUGUGCAGAAACAAGCAGAAGGCAUCUGCUGCUAUACCACAGCGCCGCCAGCUGAUGGCAUCUCCUAGCCAGGACAUGGAAAUGCCACUCAUCAAUCAACACAAACAGGCUAAACUUAAAGAAAUCAAUCUGUCUACCGUGAGGUUUAUGGAGGAACUAGGAGAGGAGAGAUUUGGCAAAGUCUACAAGGGUCAUCUUUUUGGUACAGCACCAGGUGAACAGACACAAGCUGUUGCUAUCAAGACACUUAAAGACAAAGCAGAACUGGCUCUUCGGGAAGAAUUCAAACAUGAGGCAAUGAUGAGAUCACGAUUACAGCACCCAAACAUUGUUUGUUUGCUGGGAAUAGUGACAAAGGAACAACCUAUAAGCAUGAUAUUUAGUUAUUGUUCCCACAGUGACCUCCAUGAAUUCUUAGUGAUGAGAUCUCCCCAUUCAGAUGUUGGCAGCACUGAUGAUGACAAGACAGUAAAAUCCACUCUGGAACCAGCAGACUUUUUCCAUAUUGUAACUCAGAUAGCUGCAGGAAUGGAAUACCUUUCAAGCCACCAUGUUGUCCACAAGGACUUGGCCACUAGAAAUAUAUUAGUGUUUGAUAAACUGAAUAUCAAAAUAUCUGAUUUAGGCCUUUUCAGGGAGGUUUACGCUGCUGAUUACUACAAAUUGAUGGGAAAUUCUCUUCUUCCUAUCCGGUGGAUGUCACCUGAGGCUAUUAUGUAUGGCAAAUUUUCUAUUGAUUCAGAUAUAUGGUCAUAUGGUGUUGUGUUGUGGGAAGUUUUCAGCUAUGGCUUGCAGCCUUACUGUGGUUAUUCUAACCAGGAUGUCAUUGAGAUGAUCAGAAACCGGCAGGUUUUACCAUGUCCUGAUGACUGCCCCACAUGGAUAUACACUUUGAUGUUGGAGUGUUGGAAUGAAUUUCCCAACAGAAGACCAAGAUUUAAAGAUAUACACAACAGACUAAGAACAUGGGGAAACCUUUCUAAUUACAACAGCUCAGCACAAACCUCUGGGGCAAGCAACACCACUCAAACAAGUUCUCUCAGCACAAGCCCUGUUAGCAACAUCAGCAAUGCAAGGUACAUUGGACCAAAGCAGAAAACUCCAUCGUUCCCUCAACCACAGUUCAUACAAAUGAAAGGGCAGAUGAGACCGAUGGUCCCACCUCCUCAACUCUACAUUCCAGUCAAUGGUUACCAGCCAAUGCCUGCCUACGGUGCUUACUUGCCAAAUUUUUAUCCUGUCCAAAUUCCAAUGCAAAUGGCUCCUCAGCAAAUGCCUCCCCAGAUCAUUCCCAAACCAGGCUCCCACCAUAGCGGUAGUGGAUCCACCAGCACAGGCUAUGUAACAACAGCGCCUUCCAAUGCAUCAGUGGCUGACAGGGCUGCUCUGCUCUCAGAGGGCACAGAUGACACACACAAUGGAACAGAAGACAUCACCCAAAGUGCUGUCCAAGAGGAAGAGGAAGAGGAGGGCUCUGUGCCUGAAACAGAAUUGCUUGGUGAUAAUGACACACUUCAGAUGGACGAAGCAGAAAUUCAAUCAGAAGCUUAA